AUGUCCAAGUACCCGUCCACCUCCUUUGACAAAUGCGAUCUGUUCGAUGGCAUUCACUGGAAGGACUACUUCGACUACUCGUCCUUCCAACAGGCUACGCCGCCCCCUCAAACUCUCGAAGAAAAGAUUGAAGCCGUAGAUGAAAAGAUUAAGAAGAUUCUCGACCAAGUCCCUGCCGAGGACCGCUACCAAGUCAACGACCCGGACGCGAAGAUCUACUCCAAGGCCCAGCUGCUCGCCUUCAGGGAGGGAGUCCAGACAUCGCCCGAGCUCCCCAUGGAGCUCCGCGUUAUCCCAAGUGUUGAUCCGAAUAUCGGUGCUAGUCUGGCUCAGGAGAAAAACUGGCGCAGUAUCGCGUGGAAUCAGGCUGAGGUUACUGAACUGUCGAAGGAAAUCGAGGGGAAACACGCGGAGCUGACGCGCACGCAAAAUGCGCUGAAAGAAUCGGAGACUCUUGAGGACUUCUUCGAGGAGGACGACUACAGCGAUUGGAUCCAGGAAUGGGCAAGGGCGAUGAAGCACGAUUACAAGAACGCUACGCUGCUUUCCCCGCCUUGGAUGUCCCCGGGCAUCAAUCACUUUCCGGCCCGGGAGCAGCUCGGGCAGCGCCAAAUGAAUCCAGAUCAGCCGGGCCCGUCGUCACAGUAUGGUGCCAUCGACCAAGCCGAUGUCGCAGUGAUUUCGCCCCGCCAGACAAUGCGAAAGCCCGUCAUCCGGAUCGAAGCUCCAGAAGAUGUCGAGCCAGUUGCUGCCCAACAAAACGACGAUGCUCCCGGCGGCGAUGAAGUUGAAAUGAAGUAUGGUGCUGAACAUGUCAUCCGCCUCUUUGUCCCGGUGUCGCUGUGUAUGGCCCUGGUGGUGGCGACGAUGAAUUCUAUUGAUUUCUAUGGCGAGAGCAACGGGCAAGCGCUUCUCUACACACCUUUUACAAAGCCGACUGAAGAUACUGGAGAGAAGGUGCUCUACUCCUUGGGAAACGCUGCUGUCCUGCUCGCAUUCAUCAUCGUCAUGACUGUGGCAUUAAUUUGCCUCUACAAAUAUCGUUUCUAUCGCAUCAUCCAUGGAUGGUUGUUUGUGAGCAGCCUUCUACUCCUUACUAUGUUCGUCACGCUUUAUGUAGUCCAGAUCUUCAAAACGUUCAACGUGUCUGCAUCGCUGAUCACGGUCUUCUUUGGCAUCUACAAUUUCGCGACGCUAGGAAUGAUUUGUAUUCACUGGAAAGGACCACUGAUUUUACAGCAGGCUUAUUUGAUCAUUGUCUCGGCGCUGAUGGCGUUGACAUUUCUGAAGUACCUCCCCGAUUGGACUGUAUGGACGGUUUUGGGCGCUAUUUCGAUCUGGGACUUGAUUGCCGUGCUCACGCCAAAAGGACCCUUGCGGAUUCUUGUGGAAACGGCACAGGAGCGAAAUGAGCCCAUCUUCCCGGCCCUCAUCUAUUCCAGUGGAAUCCUAUAUCCGUAUACGUUGCUGUCGAUGGUUGAUACUGAUGAACCUGCACCGAUGGAGAAGGCUAAGGUGAAGCGCUAUGCUGUCAAACCGGCCGGAAGUGCUGAGACGGCUGUUUUGAAUGACGGUGACGUUAUUGAAGAAGCUCCUAUCGAUGCUGACGCAAUUGAGCAAGCGCCUGAAGCGAAGGACGAAGCUGCAACAACUGUCGUCACUCCCCCUGCUCGUGCUGUAACGGAAGAGCGAGGGAUCAAGCUCGGCUUGGGAGACUUCAUCUUUUAUUCGAUCUUGGUUGGAAAAGCAUCCACCUACUACGAUUGGAACACGACCCUCGCCUGCUACGUGGCAAUUCUCAUCGGAUUGUGCCUAACCCUGCUGCUUCUCGCCGUCUACAAAAAAGCCCUUCCGGCCCUCCCGAUCUCUAUCUUCUUCGGUCUGAGCUUCUAUUUCCUGAAUGCCGGCAUCCUAUCCCCUUUCUGCUCCCGGGUGACCGAGAAUUUGCUGGUAUAC